UGGCUGAAGCUUCUGGGAGUUGAAGUCCACUAGCUCAGAGGAUCAGGGUUUGAGGACAACUGCUAGAGCCAAUAGGAAUGCGAGAUAGGACAACCUUUAUGCGCGACGCCCAAUCACCAGAUGGCUCGAAAUGGGCAGGAUCAGGGCAAUUUAAAGCCGCGGAUAGUUGUUUAUGUGGAGAGUCACUUAAACCAAUGGGAAGAGCAAGUGGGCGGAACCUUUACCACUUUGGAGCCAAUGAGCCAACGAAGGUUGACCGAAAUAGGCGAAAUUGCCGAAAUAGGCGGGACUAUGUGGUCUGAGACCAAUUGGAGGAGGGAUUAGGAAAUCUUACCUCCAAUGGCUUUGCGGGGGAGGCGGUGCCUCGCUAAAGAGCCCGGAAGGCGGAAGCGGAGCGGCUUCGGGAUGGCGGCGGGGGCGGUUGCUACUGCUGGAGCCGAACUGAUCCAGUUGAACGUCGGCGGCCGAAGGUUCAGUACUUCUCGCCAGACCCUCACUUGGAUCCCAGAUUCCUUUUUUUCUAGCCUCCUCAGCGGACGGAUCUCUACCUUGAAGGAUGAAACAGGUGCGAUCUUCAUUGACCGGGAUCCUGAAGUCUUUGCCCCUAUCCUAAACUUUCUCCGGACCAAAGAGCUUGAUAUCAGGUAUGGGCAAAUCUUCAUCAUAACCCAUCCAUUUUGUCCCUUCAGGAGGACCAAUGUUUCCUUGCUGUUGCAUGAGGCACAGUUCUAUGGGAUCACACCAUUAGUGCGCCGCCUGCAGCUGCAUGAGGAGCUAGAACGAUCGUCCUGUGGGAGCGUUCUUUUCAAUGGCUACUUGCCCCCACCAGUGUUCCCUAUCAAACGAUGGAACCGACACAGUGUCACAGGGGCUCAGUUGGCUGCCCGGUCAGGGAACCUCGUGGAGCGAGCCCUUGUGCGCCGAAGCAACACCAUGCCCCCCAACCUUGGAAAUGCGGGGCUGCUGGGGCGGUUGUUGGAGGAGAGGAAUUCAGGGGCAGGAGCUUCGAAUGAUCCAGGGAUGGUGCGUCUUGUACAUGGGCACCACAACUGGAUAGCAGUGGCCUAUGCUCAGUUCCUCGUCUGUUACAGGAUGAAAGAGACCUCUGGUUGGCAGCUGGCAUUCUGCAGCCCCCGGCUGGACUGGGUCAUUGAACGGGUGGCACUGAAUGCCCGAGUUCUUGGCGGCUCACUGGGUGACAGUGACAAGAUGGUGGCAGCUGCUUCCUGCAGUGAGAUCCUCUUGUGGGCAAUCCAGCCUGAUGGGAAUGGCAUUGAGAUCGGUGUAUUCCACUUGGGAGUUCCUGUGGAAGGCCUGCUCUUUGUAGGCAACCAACUCAUUGCCACCAGCCACACAGGCAAGAUUGGAGUCUGGAAUGCUGUCACUAAGCACUGGCAGACUCAGGAGAUGGUCCCAAUCAACAGCUAUGAUGCUGCCGGUUCCUUCCUCCUCUUGGGAUGCAACAAUGGUUCUAUCUACUAUGUAGAUGUGCAGAAGUUCCCACUUCGCAUGAAGGACAACGACCUCCUUGUGACAGAGCUGUACCGUGACCCUUCUGAGGAUGCCAUCACUGCGCUCAGCGUCUAUCUCACACCAAAAAGUAGCAACAGUGGGAAUUGGAUUGAGAUUGCCUAUGGCACCAGCUCAGGGACAGUGCGGGUGAUUGUCAGGCAUCCAGAAACUGUGGGUUCAGGGCCCCAGCUCUUCCAGACUUUUGCUGUCCACCGCAGCCCUGUCACCAAAGUGAUGCUUUCAGAAAGGCACCUCAUCUCAGUCUGUGCUGACAACAAUCAUGUCCGUACCUGGACGGUGACCCGGUUCCGUGGGAUGAUCUCCACCCAGCCUGGCUCCACACCAUUGGCUUCCUUCAAGAUCUUAGCUCUAGAAUCCGUCGAUGGACAUGGGGGCUGCAGUGUUGGCACAGACAUUGGUCCUUUUGGUGAACGGGAUGACCAGCAAGUGUUCCUCCAGAAGGUGGUGCCAGAUGCUAGCAACUUGUAUGUGCGGCUAUCCUCAACAGGGAAGAGAGUCUGCGAAGUGCGCUCUGUGGACGGUUCACCCAUCACGGCCUUCAUGGUGCAGGAGUGCGAGGGCUCCAGCCGCAUUGGAUCCCGCCCACGCCGCUACCUCUUCACUGGCCACAGCAAUGGCAGCCUCCAGAUGUGGGACCUCACAACUGCCAUGGAGAUGGUGGAACAAGCACCAAAUACAGGCGGUCUCUCGGAGGAGGAGCUGUUGCAGGAGCUGAAACAGUGUGACUUGGCACUCACCCACACCCUCGAGAUGAGCCUGGCUGGAUCGUUCACCCCCACACAUCCUCCCACCGCUGCCAGUGUCAGCCUCCAGUUCCAAAAUGUCAGCGGAGCCCGGGACAAGCCAGUGAGGGCCUCCCCAGUCCUUCCCUCCCGAUUGAACCCAGAGCCCCUGCCCCAACCUGAUUUCCAGCAACGAGGAGCCCUUGACAGGAGACGUCAAGGUGGGAGCUUCAUUGAGCGCUGUCAGGAGCUGGCCCGUUCCUCUUCCUCCUCCUUGGACCUUGCUCAGCCCGAAAGUCCAUGGGUCAACCGCUCCAGGGAGCUCGGGGCCAGAGCCAGGCACGGGCGGCUCAGUGCCAGCCCUGCUGUCCAAAGAACGCCCAGCCUGAGUCCAGCUUCCCCAGAGUCCCCCAGCCUGCCUCUGGCUCCAUCUCGACAGCGGCUCAGUGAAACCUCUUUUUGACCUCUUCUGUGGUGAAAGGGACAGUGGCACCUGCAGCAACCAUUUCCAAGUUUUUCCACGUCUCUUUUGCAAGCCUCUCCUAUUUACUAGGUGGGAUGCAGAUCUGGGCUGUGUGUCUCUCCAGACCUUCCACUGGUGUGCCUUGUGUUUUGGGAGCCAUUGAUCAAGUUCUGGGACAAAACCUUUUGCUAUCAAGUAUACCCCUCUCUCCAAUGAUGUGCUCCUUCUCCAUAUCGCCGUCCUCUGCUCAGUGAGUCCCGCCCCUCUCCAAGAGACUUCCAUGCUUCUCAGGGUGUUGGUCUCCAAGGGCGUUCUUCUCCCUUGUGAGGCAGGUUGCACAUGCGCAGGUGGCCAUAAGCAUCACACUUGCAGGUGAUAAAUUGGUAGGAAGUCCUCUCUGGAGCAUUUCCUGGAAGACUUCUAUCCCAGUCUUCUGUCCUCCCUUCUCUGAAAAGCCAAAGCUGUUCAUGAUGAGCAAUAAUGCUGUGUGGUCUUUGCAGCACUAAGAUGUUUUACAUACAGUAUAUAUAUAUAUAUUUCAUUUUGUAUCAGUCUGCGACUGAUGAUAAUUAUUAAAAAGUGAAAGGUC